AAAUUUCUAAAUUUUGGCACUGAACAUACCAAAGCGUGAAAUGAAAAAAAAAGACAACCGGCAAAAUGUCAAGCUACAGCUGAUAUAACCUUUCGAGGCUCUUCAUACAUUAAAGUUUCUAAAUCAGUUAAAAUUAUUUAUAAACUCAGGAAUAUUUAUAUCAUGACCAAUACAUCAACCGCAUCAAGUAGCUCAAAAGCAGCUAGCCAGAAACCAAAACAACAACAGCUAUUGGAAAUUAAGGAUAAAGUAAAAGUUUUAUGUUUGCAUGGCUAUAGACAGAAUGGUGAUGCGUUAAAAAAUAAAUUGGGUUCAUUCCGCAAAUUUGCUGGCAAAUAUGCAGAAUUUGUAUUUUUAACAGCGCCCCAUCAUGCAACACCUCUUGAACCAGGCGGCGAACCAGUGCCAGAUCAGCGAAGUUGGUGGGCAAACAAAGACGAUGGCUCUUUUAAAGGUACAAAUAAAGGUGGGCCGGCAUUUGGAUUCCAAGAGAGUUUGCGUCUGGUUGAGGAGGCGUGGAAAACACAAGGACCAUUCCAAGGUCUACUAGGCUUCUCGCAAGGCGCUUGUUUUGUUGGCUUGCUAUGCGGUCUGGCUAAAAAAAAACUAACUACUGUGCGUCCGGAUUUUGCCAUAUUAUCGUCAGGCUUUAUCUCUGGUAGCCUGGUGCAUAAAAGCGCAUAUGAAGAAACUAUUACUAUACCAACGUUGCAUAUAUAUGGCCUCUCAGACGACAUCAUACCAAAAGAAAUGAGUCAGGAAUUGGCCGCAUAUUUCAAAAAUGUUGAGAUAUUGGAACAUCCUGGUGGGCAUUACUUCCCAGCAACGGCCCAACAGAAACAGACGUAUAUAAAUUUUUUUCAAGAUCGCUUACAAGAAUACUUGGAAAACUUGGAAUUGCAACAGUCGAGUAAUGCUUCAUUCAUUGAAGAAGGCGUCCAAGAGGCUACUUCUAAUGGCAGUGGGAGCGAUGACUCGGAUUGAGUAUAAUGAAAAUAUGUUUGCAAGUGAUUAAUUUUGUAGGAGAAUAAUAUUUACAAAAGCAUUUUUUCGUGUUUUCUUUCUUUAAUAAUUAAAUCUUAUUUUUACAAUUAUGUUAAUUAAUUAAUAAAAUUAACCGAAUAUAUAGUAAUUCAUAAAGAUA